GCAGUGCCAUGAAACGUUCUUACCCCCUGACAGUUCCACAUUCGUCUUUUCCUCUCGCAUUUCACUUGCAGUAGUUGUGAUCCAGUGCGGCUUGCUGCACCAAAGUGCGCGGUGCUCCACUUGUAUAACGGUUGUACGUGAAAAACUUCGCGAUCGCUUAUUAACAAAGUUUUGUCAGGUCUCGUUUCGUUCUCUCUGUGCCCUGCCAGUGGCUUCGUUUUAUUGACUGCAACGACACUUCUUUUAUAUCGUGAUGCCACUGACCUAGGGCUCAGUGAUCUGUUCAAUUUUGCCCGGUGUUGCCAAGCUACGGCGCUUGGUCGACUUGUUCGCGUCCGCUCUGCGCUCCCGGGGGUCUCCGUGGCCCGAGUCGUCAUCGAGCGGCCGCGCCUGGCGUGCAUCUCGGAACGGGACACUUGAUCGAGCGGCUGCCCCUCGGCCGGCACCCGGCUCGAUGCGUUGACUCUGGCCAGCGCCGUGAUGCCAAACUUUGCCCCUUGGCUGUGCGCGUCGAACUUGUGCUCCUCCAGGACUAUAAGUGCGACUGAGGCACUGCAGCAAGCGUCCACGUGCCCUGUGCUCCACCUCAAAAGCUAGUUCUUCAGCCAGUGUACCUCUAAGAUCUGGCCGCAACCACCACGCCAUCUCUGGGCAGUGGCGGUUCAUCGUCGCAGCAUCAGGGCUGCAAAAUGCCGGACUCACCUCAGGACAUCAAACCUUUGAGCCCGACGCAGCUGCCCAAGGUCUCCUCUAUGCAAGGCAUGAAACCUGACACAACCGUGCAAGCAGUCACCUACAACCAGGUGCCCAUGGCAGCGGCUUUCAAGCUGUUCCCCUGCUGUGCAGGCGUCAACGGAGCUCAUUCGCCGCCUUGCAACGCGGGCAACCCGGUGCCUGUGUGCCCGAAUCCCGCGGCGGUGCGGUCGCUGUCACCGCCAUCCGACUCGAACCAUGGGUCCGGUUCUACGGGCGUCUCUUCGUCGACGGCCGCCUCCAACGUGUCCGGGGGUUCGGCCAACAUCGCUUCUGUCAGCGGCCUCGUGGAGGCUCCUUCCGGCGUCGUGCUCGGAGCACGGCAGCUGAGCAAAGUGAAAAGGUUCCUGACCACUCUGCAGCAAUUUGCGAGUGACGUAUCGCCGGACGUCGGAGAGCGGGUUCACGGCCUCAUUCUGGGACUUGUGAGCUCGACGAUAUCCAUCGAAGACUUCCACCACAGCAUCCAAGACAUCACGAAUUACCCGUUGCGUCCCUUCGUGGUUCCAUUCCUCAAGUCGCACCUGCCGCUGCUGCAGACGGAGCUGGUGCACUACGCGCGAGCCGCCAAGCAGAGCCCCGCGCAGUACCUGCGGCAGCACGAGCAGCUGGUGCUGGACCAGCCGGGCGGAGAGCCGUUCGAGAUCUUUCAGCCGGACGCCAAGGAAGGCGCCCCCCUCAAGAGGAGGACGCCCCCGGACGGUCGGCCGAAGGAGAACGGCCACGCGGCGUCAGCAGUCGGCGCAGCGGUGGUCCUGGAGGAAGGCGGCCCCCCGGCGGCCAAGCGCCACCAGCCACUCUCGGCGAGUCCCGGGGCGGCGAGGCUCAGCCCCGGAGUCGGCGCGCACGCGGCCCACCCGCCGCCGGCCGCCUUCCGCUUUGAGGAAGCGUCGGCGCCGCUAUUCCGGGACCGCUACGACCGCUACGAUCGCCUCGACAGGGACUUCUAUAGGCCUUGCUACGGAAUGCUGCACAGGGAUUACCCCGAGGAUCGCGACAUGGAGGACGAGUGGAAGAACAUCAACACUAUGCUGAACUGCAUACUGGGCAUGGUUGAGAAGACGAAGCGCGCUAUCGCCAUCCUGCAACACCGCAGCCAAGCUGAGCGGCCCGAUUUUUCGGCUUCCGUCUGGACGGGCAGCCGGCGCCACCUGGACGUAGACUACGACCUCAAGAAACGGGACCUCAUGGCACACUACAAGUCGGCCGCCGAGAUCGACAGGGUCUCCGAGGUCCGGCGUCGCGCAGAGGAGGCGGUGAACGAGGUCAAGCGGCAGGCCGUAGCUGAGCUGCAGAAGGCCGUGUCGGCCGCCGAAUCCAAGGCGAGCGAGCUGGUGGCAGCCGAGCGCACCAAGAUGGAGCGGCUGCUGGGCGAGGCGCGACGCCAGGCCGCGGAGGAGGCGCUGGCCGCCGUCAACCACCAGGAGGACUCAACCGAGCAGAACUGCUGGAACUGCGGACGUAAGGCAAACGAGACGUGCAGCGGCUGCAACGUGGCGCGCUACUGCGGUGCCUUCUGCCAGCACAAGGACUGGGAGAACCACCAUCGCGUGUGCGGCCAGCCGUCCACGAGCCCAAGCAGCAGCGGCGGAGGCCCCGUCGGCAAGCGCAGUCCCACGCCGCCCCGCAGGCUAGAAGGCAAGGUGGACUCGCGCCACUAACUACGCCAUCAUCGCCAUCUCGAGCCCCGGCCACCGACCACCGGGGGCGCCGCAGCGAGCGAGGUGCUCCCAAGAUGCCAGUAGUGCGCGUGCGUAGAUGCCCUGCUGUUUACGGGUUGCUGCGAGAGGGCACGUCGCGCGCGUCCUCGGUGAACGUACACCUGGGCAGAAUAGCGAUCAGACUGCGGUUGUUCAAGGCCCGAUAAUAACUACAUAUCUACGGUUGCAGCAAGCUCUACAGCAGGAACGAACUUUGCUGCGCUCGCAGACUGGCCGCCCCUGCAGAAUGUUAAGAGGUUAAGGACGGCCCUGUUCUUGUUUGCAUCAUUAUAGGACGCAACUCAUUUUCCUCGCUUCGUCAGAGUGCUACGAACUCAAAGCACCGCACAGACUCUUGGUGUCUGGCGUCCGCGCAAACGUUGCGGGAAACGCAGUACACCACAGCACUACGUCUGCUGAAUCUCAUUUUUUUUUUUUUUUGGUCUUGUGUUCGCGAAGGCCAAUGCUGUGUAUGCCGCAAAUGUUUGUUAUAUUGUGUCGAAAAGGUAUUUCUGUUUAUCUUGAACCAAACCGGAACAUAUUAUUUUCCGUGAACUGUAAUCAAGGUUAUGGCUGCUGUUAGGGAGAAAAUGGUAGCAGGAAGCGUUGAUAUGCGGUUGGAGCAGCCAUGGCGCACCGUGAUGUACCAACGCGUAGUUGACUAAAUCGUUCCGCCAUGCUGUUGCAAACUGCAUCGUUGGAGAGGCGCCGAUAUCGUGCAAACGUGUGGUGGCGUUGCCUGUGCAGCACUGAGAUUUCUGUACUGCUGUCGUCGCAAAUGCAUCAAGCGUGCACGCGCGCACACGCACGCCUAUCGUGCCCCCUUCCAGCUUUGUCCCUUAGAACGCGAGAAAAAAAGGGAGGAGGAAAGCUGCCAAUGGUUUGUCUUUUGUUUUGUGUGUCACUGCACAUGUCAACCAUCGAGUGUCAUGAACUGUAAAAAAAAGUAUAUGAAGUUUAGAAAAAAAAAUAUAUCCGUUGGAGCAAGAUCGCGCGCAGCGAACUGGUGGCUCUCCCCUCGUCAUCAUUCCGACGAGGAUUCGUCCAUGCUUCGCAUCCCUUUCCCACUCACACCCUUGCUCUCUGUAGUCACACUUUUCGCCGCACUACAGCGGCCAUGGCCAGUGAAGCUGCUGUCAGCAGACAGGCCAUGCGCUUGUUACAGGCGGCCUUGGUUCAUGUAUAUGCAAAGUAUGCUAAUUUCACCUAUUCGCAGUGACAGGCCAUCAAAGUGACGCUGUCGUAGCUGUGAGGUCAUUUAUUGUGAACGCCUGAAACGUCGGAAAGGAAGCGAGGCUACGCUCACUCCUGUUUGUCAGCAUGUUCUGCGAAAUCUACGUCUACGCCAAUGAAACAACGUGGAAGCUAGUCAAACCACAGCCAUGAUUGUUAGAAAUACUUGCAGGAAGAUUUAGGAGCGUCUUUUCGUUCUUAGCCUAUGUAGACACUACAAUCUACUAGCGCCUUCAGAAGUUAUUGCAUUUCUGCCUUGGCAUCGUAUCCUCUUUUGCUACGCAUGUGUGAACACAACUGCUUUUGAAUUCAUUUUUCGCUUUAGGAGCACGAGAUCGCGUCACUCGUUUGCGCAUGAGAUAUUUUGGACGAUCUUUUUUGUGGGGAUGACGAUGCUGUGCAACGGAAAGCUGCAGUAAUCGUAUUAUUUUAUAUAUAGGUGAUGUCUAGGCAGGAUAAAAGCGCGACUUUUGGGGUGCAGUUCUCUUUCGUUUGCAGCUUAAGCUCUCAGCUACCUACAGACAUUCACAUCUAAUACACGAAAGGCGAUAACUGGAAGAACCAUUACUAGUACUCUAGUACUAGUACUAGUGGAGAAGGAAGACUCCAUCGCCUAUUGGGUCAGUUCCCUCCACACCCACUAAAUGCACAAGCGCAGUUUACAAGUACGCCACUUCUUUCAAGCUUUAUUUAAGUUCAUCUAGUCCAAACAACCAUAAAUUUUGACUCGUUGCUUGAUGGCAGACACACUGCAACAUCGAACAAGUUGCUGUUGUUACAUUUCUAAAAGACCUUUUUUCCCAUUCCUAAAGUUUGCUUGUAAUCAGGAAUAGCUAUCGUGACGAAAUACUUUCGCCCAGGAAAUGAGAUUACAACUGAGAUCCGUUGGAUUUUUUUUUUUCGUCGACACUUUGUUCCGGUGUAUGUGUGUGUAUGUGUGUAUUCUAGUCGGUCUGGAGAUCCCUGGCACGUUGUCUCUUCAGAUUGGUUUAUUGCCAUGUUUGAGCAACAUUGCAAGUUCCCUGCACCAUCAGACGUGUAUUUUGCCAUUAUGGAAAAUAAUAUUGCACGUUUUCCUUCACUGUGCAAAGGAAGCUGAGAUGGCCUGAUGGUGAAUUUCACUUCUCCCGAUUCCUGUAGCUGGAAGCAUGUUUUCGAUACGGGAGCAGAUAAGCUGGUGCGAUAAAGGCGCUUAGCGCUGUGACAUUGUCUGCGCCAUUUUCCGAAACAAUGUUGCUGGUUUCCGGCAUUGCA